AUGGCUGGUCAGAACCCGGCCUACUCCGCGAUCCUCAACGAUCUUAACCGCGACGUGUCGAGGGAACAGCCCACGGACAUUAUCCAAUUCUGUGCCGACUGGUUCCAGGACAAGCUGCGUGAAGAGCGCUCCGGAUCUACCCAAGCCGCUUCUCCGUCGAGUCGCAAGGGGCCGCCUGGCAAACUUGGACCCUUUGGACGUCCCGACAUUGACUCGCACCCGGCUACGUUGUCUCCCUUCUCUGAGCACGGCCCGACAGACGGACCGUUCGGUGGACCCAGGCGAGCGACGAUCGCUGCAGGAGCGUUUGGCGGAUCGUCGUCCAUGUUCUCAUCUUUCUUUGGCGGCGGUGGCGACCGCUCCGUCCCUCCACCCGCCAACGACUCUUCUCCCUUCAGCGAGAACGCUCCCAGCGGACCCUUCGGCUCCAACUCUCCGUUCGGAACUGGCUCGCCGUUCGGCGCCAGCGCGCAGACGCCUUCUGCGCCUGUCGGCAUGCCUCCGCCUCCCCAGCCCGAGGAGGACGAGGACGACGAUAUUCACCGCGAUGACGAACCCGUCAUUCCGCAGUACGCCCUUGGGCGCCGGACGUCAGUGUCGGCCGAAUCGCUCGUGCCGGCCCACGCUCGCCCGUUCCAGCCUGGUGUUGACGCCUUCAUCCCCGAAGAGGAGGACGAGGCGCCGGCCAGCAUGCCCGUGAUUCCCAAGUCGCCGGAGCAGCUUGCGCGCAUCCGUGCCGCGAUCAAGCCCAACUUCCUCUUCCGUAACCUGGAUGAGGAGCAGGAGGCUGAUGUGCUUGCGGCCAUGAAGGAGGUCAAGGUCGGCCCCGGCGAGAUUGUCAUCGAGCAGGGCGCCGCCGGAGACUACUUCUACGUCGUCGAGAGCGGUGAGCUCGAGGUCUACGUCAAGCGCGACGGCGAGCCUGGAGACGGACCCCGCCCUGACCUCGGCAAGAAGGUUGCGCAGUACAAGGAGGGUGGCUCCGCUCCCCGUGCCGUCUCCAUCGUGUCCAUCACGCCGUGCACUCUGUGGGCUCUUGACCGUGUCUCGUUCCGCACGAUUCUGCUCGACCACACUUCGCGCAAGCGCCGCCUGUAUGAGUCGUUCUUGUCGACUGUUCCGAUCCUGUCCUCGCUCCAGCCCGCGGAGCGCGCAAAGAUUGCCGACGUGCUCGAGUCGCGGACGUUCAACGCCGGCGAGGAUGUGAUCCGGGAGGGCGAGGCCGGCGACGAGUUUUUCCUUAUCGAGGCAGGCUCCGCAACUGCGCUGAAGACGAUCGACGGCAAGCCCACAGCAGCCAAGGAUCUGCGCCAGGGCGACUACUUCGGUGAGCUUGCGCUCCUGAACCGCCAGACGCGUGCCGCGACCAUUCGUGCGGCCGAGAAGCUCGUCGUCGCCGCCCUCGGCGAGCAGGCAUUCACCCGUCUCCUCGGCCCUGUCAAGGAGAUCAUGGCCCGUUCCGCCGGCGAGCGGUACGGGUUCGCCGUCGGCCGCUAG